GAACAUUAUCAAUCACUUUUGUUCAUGAAGCUAAGCAUGCAUAUCUCCUAGCUUAUUUGAAAACAGUUAUUUCUAAACUGGGCAUGGGCUAAGCGACCGCCUCACCAGAUUUCAUUGUUAGGUUAGGUGUUAGGCUAGGUUAACAAAAUUUCGUUGCUGGUCGUUUACCCUGGCUAAAGUAAGUGAAGGUAUUUGUUAUUUCAAAAUCAAUUCUUUCCGCAAUGGAUAUGAUGGCUGUUUUACAAUUACAAUGAUCAUGACAAUUUUACUCUCAAAAUGGGUGACGAAUCAGCAAACAAGGAUGAACAACCGCAAUCCCAACAAAACCCGUCAACGCCUCCACGAACACAAUCUGUGAAAUUCGAUGCUCCGCAAUCGCCACCAGAAGAAACAACUGAUGACCAGACCAAACCAACAAGUGGAAAUCAAGAAUCGGUUUCUACGGUACCAGAGGCGACUGCUAGCAAAGCUUCAUCUCAAACUGAACGUUCUGGUGACGGGUUAGACAAUGAGCAUGGUCCUCAGCAAACAGCAAAACCCGAGGGACCGGGCAGCCCUCACGAUUCAAAGGGAUCCUCCAACCACUCAACCAGAGGCUCCUCUAGGGACACGGCUAACGACUCUCGGGAUGAACAAGAACUACCGAAAGAAGCUGCCUCUAGGACCUCGUCCCCGGACCAAAAUGGCGCUGCCGGUGACCCUACCAGUCGCUCCGGAACAUCGGUGGCGACCGAUACCGAGUAUAUUGUGGCAGAGGACGGUAAUAUCCACAUCAAUGACAAGCAGAAGGCGGCCAUCAGACGUCUAAUGCACCCAGAGGAGCAGGAUGAGGGAGCCCAUCUCGGAUUCACGAAGCAGGGCAAGCCUAUCAAGGCCAAUCCAUACUACAAGUAUGCGCAGCGCGCCAAAGAUGGCGCUGAGGAGACCAAGCCGACGCCUCCGCCUGUGACCGAGCCGCACUCGUCGCGGCUGACGCGUCGCUCCCGACAGGACAGCGCCCACCUUCCCAAGGGACCCAGCGUCGUUCUGGAAAAGAUCAAAGAGGAGUUUUGCGAGUGGCUCUCCUCGCUGGGAAGCCGGCGUAACAUGACCGUCAGCAAGGAGCGACUGGAGGAGCUGUUCUCACUCGGUCUGGAGAAUAACCUGGUGGUGCGACCGCCGGAGGUCUGUAUGACUCAGCCCGGUCACGCCCGGAAGCGUCGACAGAGCUCGAGGGCGCCUCGUCAGGGGGCGCCGAUGGCCGCCACCGACGCAAGGCGGAAGACGGAGGGUAUGGCAGUGGUCGCCUAUUGCCGAUCCCCAUCCCUGACCUACUACCCAGAAUUACGGGAGAAGUGGCGGCAGAUGGGUCUGAGUCGACGCAUGCCCAUCUGGAGGUCAGGUCAGCACGGCCUAGCCCGGCCUCUGCCGCCACGUGUGCACUAUGGCGACUGGUACAUCCCGAUUCAGAAGUGGUCCCCGCUGGUGGCUGGCCGUCGUCUGGCACCCCCAGAGACGGAGGAGGCACGGCAGCUGAGGAAGCGCGAACUGGCCAACAGGAAACUGAAUGAGACUCUUUCCCGGUCGCACGCCAUGGCCGCUCUCCGAGAGUACAUCCACAUCUGCCAGCUGCAGGGCAACUCAGCCUUCCCCGAGGCUACGCCGAAGCUGGUUCGUGAUGUGGACGAAUUGGUGGCCGAGAUGGCUCACGGUUCGCGGCGACCCUCCCGGGGAGGUGUGGACACACGCGAGAGGAUGCCGUCGCUCCCGAUGGCCGGGCUGAUGGUCAGGGUGAUGGAUAAGGGGCGCCAGCGUCGGAAGUCGUCCGUGAUGCGUCGUGGUUCGCGUCGGCCCACCGUCGUGCUGGACAGGGGCCCGCUUAUUAUCAAACCGCCGCCCAUGUAUAAACCGGUGAAAACGACACCAGGUCAUGCGGCUAGGCGUAAACGGAGGUACACGGUCACUGGAAAACAGCAGAUGUAGUUUGCUGAUAGCCGAGCAUCAGUAGAACAGGAUGUAACUUGAUGCGCUUUUUUGCUAUACCUUCUAUAUUCGGUGCAUGCUUUGUGUAAUUACCAGAGCUCUUAAAGACUCAGUUCUGUGCACACAACGUGCAUACAUUUCUAUAUAUUUUUUGCGUAAGUUAUGUACCAUUGGAUCAAUGAUGUUAGCUUGAUGCUUUUGAGUGUUUAUUCAAAUUUGAGUGCCCUACGCAUAUGUAGAUAGUUAAGUACAUGGCUUGAUAUUA